UGGUGAUGUCAGCCCUUGACUAAAAUAGAGAGGGAUAGACUGCAAAUCCACAGCGCCGAGGGCUAAAACCUUCCAAUCCAGCCUCAGCCAACACCAUGUCAGUGUGAAGCCAGCCCUCCUCCCCCACUUCCCCCAGCACACACAACAGACACCCACACACCCGCUUGCCACCCCACCCCCUUGCCACCACCACCACCAGCGGCAACAUCAUCACCGCCGCCGCCACCAGCAGCGGCAUCACCACGGAGAGCAGCAGCAGCAGCAGCACCAGCACCAGCACCAGCAGCCCUCCCUUCAGGGGAGAGAAAGCCCAGGUGGCAAAGACUUAGCUCGCUGGGCUCUUCCCCUGCUCACCCGGCGCUCGAUCUCAGCUUUGGAGGCGCUGCAACCCCAGCCAGAAUUCCAAGAUCGCCGGGGUGCCUCUGGUGCUAGCGCUAAAGCGGGAGACAGGGCAAGUCCGGAGCGCCCAGGAGAGUCCCGAAUCCAGGUUCGAGAACGCGGCGGCGGAUUACCCUCACAAGGAACCUUAUGCCACUCUUUAGACACUAAGGGGCUUAUCCGGAAGGGGGAGGAGGGGGGACAGAGAGAAAGAAAGGGAGGAAGGGAAGAAGAAUCCUUUCUAAGCACACACACACACACACACACACACACACACACACAGAGUACCCCUUGGAUUCUUCCGAAGAGGAAGGGGGAAUUCCCCAGACCAUGGCAUCUACAGAAGGUGCCAACAAUAUGCCCAAGCAAGUCGAAGUCCGGAUGCAUGAGAGUCAUCUGAGCUCAGAAGAACCUAAACGCAGAAACUUGUGCCUGAGGAUCUGGGACAAUCUCGGGAAGAACCUUCUGCUUUCUCUGACAGUAUUUGGUGUCAUCCUGGGAGCAGUAUGUGGAGGUCUUCUUCGCUUGGCAUCUCCCAUCCACCCCGAUGUGGUCAUGUUAAUAGCAUUCCCAGGAGACAUUCUCAUGAGAAUGUUAAAAAUGCUCAUUCUCCCUUUAAUCAUCUCCAGCUUAAUCACAGGUCUCUCUGGCUUGGAUGCAAAAGCCAGUGGCCGAUUGGGCACACGAGCCAUGGUCUACUACAUGUCCACCACCAUCAUUGCAGCAGUCCUAGGGGUCAUUUUGGUCUUAGCCAUCCAUCCAGGAAACCCUAAACUGAAGAAGCAGCUGGGGCCUGGCAAGAAGAAUGAUGAAGUGUCCAGCCUGGAUGCCUUCCUUGACCUUAUUCGAAACCUGUUCCCUGAAAACCUUGUCCAAGCAUGUUUCCAACAGAUCCAAACUGUGACCAAGAAAGUGAUAGCCAGCCCCAAGCCCAGUGAAGAAGUCAAUGCCACCAGUUCCAUCAUCUCCCUGCUGAAUGACACCAAGAUGGAGGCCCCAGAAGAAACCCAGCUGAUUAUUAAGAAAGGUUUAGAGUUCAAGGAUGGGAUGAAUGUCUUAGGUCUGAUAGGCUUUUUCAUUGCUUUUGGCAUCGCCAUGGGGAAGAUGGGAGAACAGGCCAAGCUGAUGGUGGAAUUUUUCAACAUUCUGAAUGAAAUUGUCAUGAAGUUAGUGACUAUGAUCAUGUGGUAUUCUCCUUUGGGUAUCGCCUGCCUCAUCUGUGGGAAGAUCAUUGCCAUCAAAGACUUGGAAGUAGUAGCCAGGCAACUGGGGAUGUACAUGGUUACUGUGAUUGUGGGUCUCAUCAUCCAUGGAGGCAUCUUUCUCCCUUUGCUUUAUUUUGUGGUGACCAGAAAAAACCCUUUCUCCUUCUUUGCUGGUAUUUUUCAGGCUUGGAUCACAGCACUGGGCACAGCAUCCAGUGCUGGAACACUGCCUGUCACUUUUCGUUGUCUGGAAGAAAAUCUGGGGAUUGAUAAGCGUGUGACCAGAUUUGUCCUUCCAGUUGGAGCCACCAUUAACAUGGAUGGGACAGCACUAUAUGAAGCUGUGGCAGCCAUCUUUAUUGCUCAAAUGAAUGGAGUGGUCCUGGAUGGUGGGCAGAUUGUAACUGUGAGCCUUACCGCCACCCUAGCUAGCGUUGGAGCUGCCAGCAUCCCUAGUGCUGGACUGGUCACCAUGCUUCUCAUCCUAACAGCUGUGGGCCUCCCGACCCAGGACAUCAGUCUGCUUGUUGCUGUUGACUGGCUUUUGGAUAGGAUGAGAACUUCAGUCAAUGUUGUUGGAGAUUCAUUUGGAGCCGGCAUCGUCUAUCACCUGUCUAAGGCUGAGCUGGACAGCAUCGACUCACAGCAUCGAGGGCAUGAAGACAUAGAAAUGACCAAGACUCAAUCAAUUUAUGAUGACAUGAAAAACCAUAGGGAAAACAACUCAAAUCAGUGUGUUUACUCAGCCCACAACUCUGUCAUAAUAGAUGAGUGCAAGGUCACCCUGGCAACCAAUGGAAAGUCAGCCGACUGCCAUGGUGAGGAAGAACCCUGGAAGCGGGAUCACUAGGCGCAGAAACAGACUCCGAGCUCCACAUUGAAUAAACUCUCCGAAGUUAUCCAGUGGUAAAAGAUGAUGUAAAGAUUAAACAAAAAACGUCCCUUAAAAAAAAAAAAAAAGCUAUAUAAAUACAUUUACUUAAUUUGUUAACUGAGUCUAGGAGGAGGUGUCAUAAAGUAGCCAUUGUAAGCACAGGGCAGUGUCUUUGCCAAAUGCCUGGCCAUAACUAUCUAACUCUCUCCGUUGUAUUACUGUUUGGAUGAAGGCAGCUAGAGGGAUCGGUUUGCAUCCAAGGUGCAUUCUCACCUGCAUCUCUUUGCACUCGAGCUGCCGAAGAAUCGUUCUUUCCACCGAGAAUGAGGAAAUGGGGUGAACCCGGUGUAGGGAACUACAGGGACUCAGGGCACAAAAAGCGUAGAAUGUGCUACCAACCUAAAGUAUUUUCCAUGUUUCCUCUUGGGAUGCACAAAAGACACCACCAGCAAGCCUCAUCUAGUUGAAAAUCCUCUUCCGAGUUUUACAUGUGUUUGACUCAAAGCAAGCACCUGCUGCUGUGAAUACUGACCACUUGCCUACUGAGAGCCCUUUAAAUUAAGUGUCUCCAAAAUACCUUUUUUAUAUAAAAGACUUUAAAAGAAACAAGAGCACAAAUCACUAGAGUCCAGAAGGAUGUCCCCAAACACUUCUAUAUGUGUCUCCAUCAGUAGGGUUUGGGGGAUCCAAGCUCAUGAGUUCAUCCAUGUCCAGUAUGGACUUUCCCACCACCUAUGCAGAUUGGCAACUUAUUUUGUAACUUCUAGUCCCAUAGAGUUGCUCAAAGCAGAGCAAAAUUAAACAACUUGCCCAACGUCACCCAGCCAAUACGUGCCAGAGGCAAGACUUUUUCACUUCUGCCUUCCUGUCUCCAAAAGUGGACCUCUAACCCCUACACCAUGCUGACUCAUGCUCAUGAACAAUUGCAGAAAUUUAAGAGAUUAUGUUGCAACUCUCUUGGGGUAUAAGAUGCAGAAUAAGUACCAAUCUGCGUUGGUAGGAGACAUUUCCUCAAUAGGAUCCAGCCUUUCCCUCCUUCCCCUGGAAAGAACCCCCAUAGUAAUCAUUUCAACAAUACAGCAUGCUGUGCCAUUCUAAUUAUAAGGUUUUUCCCCCAUUGAAUAAUUUAAUCAUUGAUUAAGAAGUAAUGUUUGCCCAGAGCUGCUACAUCUAAUCAAAAGUUAAAGAUGCAGUCAAUGUAAAUAUUAACUAGCUUCAAGAAUAAGAUGAUUUGUUGAAAUCAGUUUUGCCUCCGAUUGUGAUAAUGAAAUUCUUUGUGGCUGUUGGCCUAUGUUUACAGUGGGCUUCACUCUCCUCGUCAUAUAUAGUAGGUUUAGUUCAUUUAAUUUAAUAAGCAUUUAGGAGGCACCUAUUCUAGGGAAGACUGUCGUACUAGGUAUUAGGAAUACAGAGGCAAAAACGCAAUAGUCCCUGACCUCCAGGAGUGGAGUGCACGUUCUCCUGAACUGAGAUUAUAAUUUUGGUUUCUACUGAAAUUGAAUUAUUUUUUGGGUUCCUAACAAUGGGGAUAUGAACUUUUCUUUUUCUACAAUAGUCCAAGAAAUCCAGGAUGCACAACCAUACAAACUGAUCAGAUCCCCUGACCGGGGCUGUCUUUGUAGACAUGUAGUAUUUAUAUAAGAUGAAAAGGGACUGUAUACUUACACCGAAGGCCUGAAAAUCUACACAGGACACUUCAUUUAAAGAAAAGUCCAUCUUCUUUAUCAAAUCCAUUACCUUGUUUUAGCCCAUAUCUAUGAUUUCUGCUCCCUCAAAAUUCUGAAAAUCUGGCCAUGAUUGUCCUUAGAGCAGAGUUACUGUCAGCUAAGGAGCAGUAUUAAACAAAUCUUUUUCUGUCAUAGAAAAUGGCCCCAUGGUUCAUUUUCCUUCGACUGGCAGGGACUCGGUGGACCAAGGGAUUACUGAGAGAGAACAGAUUCAAGCAUUUUCUGUCUCAGGAAUCAUGAUCAAGGGAGAUAGCUAAGACUAUUCACAGGAUAGGGUUAACACCAAUCAGACAGAUCUCCCAGGAGUUCUUGGUUCUGUUGUGAAGUCUCUAGGAAAUAUUCUAAGGGGAAGGACAAUCAGGUUAUUUAUUAUUCAGUCUUUUGUUAUUAGGACUCAGCUUCUUAGGAGCACGCAAUGGCAGUGCUAGGACUCUCAUUAGUAGUGGAGUGGGGGGCGUAAAUCUAAAGCUUCAGGAUGCUACUUGAAGAAUCUGCCUCCUAGCAUUCUUCUUGUAUGCCUUCCUCCUUCACAUCCCAAGACUUCUUGUCUUCUUUACCCCACCUGGAUUUUGACUCAGUCCCCUUGUUUUUCAGACCUCAUCUUCUUUCUUCUUCAUGCUUAACCCAGCCCCACAUAUGUGCCAUAAGAAGAAGAAAUAAAUCAAGAAUUCAGGCCCAGCAUAUAGUUUUUCCACAUAGGGUGUUAAUAAUUUUGCUGUUGAGAUUUAUAUAGAGAACUGUUAUGGAAACAUAGCAUUUCAAAAACACAUUAAUGCUAUGUAAUUAAUUUAAAGAAAACUUUUAGGUUUUAUAGGUCUAGAGCUGGGAGGGACCUCAUAAACCAUCUAGUUCCAUCCUCAUUUUAUAAAAGAGGAAACUGAGACUUCAAGAGGUUAAGUAGCUAGUAAGCAGUAGAAGUGAGACUUGAACUCAGAUCCUCUGACUCCUGAUCUGGCAUUGUACAAUGCUUCUGACCCAAAACACUCAUUCGUGGAAUAGAGAACUUAGUUAACCACGCCAGUUCUGUGACAGCUAUGUGUUGCUACUGUCUUCCUCUUUAGCUGGCAUGCAAAUUUCUGUUUUGCCAUCUGUGAAUUGGGUCAGGGAUGUAGAGGAUGGCGAAGGUGAGAAGCCACUUUAAUGCUUCCUCUCACUUUCUGAAGCCCAAUUUGAACCUAAGCUCAGCUAUUUUUUUUAAAAAUGUGAAAUUGGUUCCAAUCUGUGAGAAGGAAGAGGUGGGUCUGUUGUGUGGGAGGACCACCAUUCAUUCAACCAUGCUCAAGGUAGUUAUUGUUCCAAGUCACCAAGUCCAUGUCUACACCUGCAGAGGAAAGCAGAAAACUGAAGCAGUUCUCCAAAACUGAGGUUUCAGCUAUUUGGGAACUGAACUGUGUGCACAGUGGUUUCUAAUCUCUACUUUCCCAUAGGUGCGUAGGCAUAGUCUGAAGUUUUAGUGAUCUAAAGGGGUGAUUUUAUUUAACCUCAAAGGACAAUGCAUCACUUCAGUCUCUCCUAGUCAGAUCAAGCUGGAUUUUUAUAAGACCUGCUAACGUAAUAAUAAUUUUAAUAAUAUUAAUAGUAGUAUUAGUAGUAUAGAAGUAGUAUUGUAUUGUAUAAUUAUGAAUUUGAGUGUAUGAAUAUUAGUAUUAGUAUUGCCAACCUGAGUGCCCAUAUACCUUGAGAACAUUUAGGUCAUGCACUUUCUAGUCUAAAUAGGAGCCAGGAGCCCAAGAAGGUUUGGGGGAGAUGCUUGAUUGACCCAGUUAGGUGGAUUUCUAAACUAAAUUUUCCUAGAAAUGGAAGGUGUUGCCGAAGUCAAGGGGGAUGGACUAGAUGACCCCCAAGAUCCCUUCCAGCCACAAAUCUGUCACCCUGUUAUCCUUCAGUUUCUAAUUGAAGGCUGGGAAGAUCUUGAGUUGUUUCUUUAUCUACAAAAUAGAUUUUAAAACCCUGGGGCAAACCCAGUGCAUUCUUGGAGGGCAUUGUAGACGCAUCAUCAGAACUUUAAAGAAAAGUCUAGUGAAGAACUAUUUAUGAAUGGGUUGUGGUUCCUCUUAAGCUGCUAUAGUCAUGAAGAAAACACUAUUUUCAUCAAUGUUUUUGAAAAUAAUAUGAUUCACAUUGCUAGUAUAGAAAGCCCUCCCCACCCCUUACACUUACUAGCUGAAUCUCCUCAUUAUCUAAUAUUGUCCUGUGAGUCACAGCAAUAAGCCUAAACAGAUUCAACAGUGAUCUGGAAGAUUUUUUCUCUGAACUGUAACUAGGGAGAAGUAAUUGGGGCUUUGCCCCAGGAUCCUGAACUCCAGAAGGCAUCAAAAGCACUUUUAGUAAUGAAAAUGUUAGUACUGUUAGUAGCUUAGAUUAGAUGGUUAGAAAUGACUGAAGCUAGCACUAAAUGAACAAGAAAAAUACAUUUAAGUUGAGAAUUAUCCAAUGGCAUAGGAAGAACUCCUAUUUGACCAGAACCUGCCCUGCUUUGCCACCUCUGCUGACACAAAAUCCCAGAAUCUAUCUCUUCCCCACUAAAACGUUGAUGUGAGGGUGUGUUGUUAUCUUUGUCAUUUUACCCAUGGCUAAAACCUGGUGAUUAUGUCUCUGUUAACUUUCUAUAAUUUAAGAAAUAGGAAAAUAAGCUUUUUAGCUUUGGCCUGAUUUAAAACUAAGAUGAGUCCCUGGAAGACCCACCCCAAGAGAAGCAGCAACUAUGGUCCUCUUUGGUCCACAUGGGUAUCUCUAUGGGACUAGUUUGCUUCUCAUUUGACCAAACUCACUUGGAAUCAAGAAAAAAAUUACCAGUUAUAAUUUUCCUUACUAAGAUAGUAUCCCUUACAUCGUUGAAUAGUCUAAGAGCCAAGAUGAUUGAAAUAAAAACAUGGCGCUUGAAGGGCAUUCCAGGGAAGACGUUUGUAGGUAGAGUACUCAGGGAAGACUGACUUAACUAUCCUUGUAAAUCUCUGAACCCUGAAAGAGAAUAAGGCAUGGAUAUACUUGGAUUUUUCAAUAUUGGAACCAAGCAAAUAGGACUGGGGAGUUGUGUGUGUGUGAUAUGUGUGUGUUUAUUUUGGUUCAUUUGAGAGGCAGUCUGGUAUAAUGGAUGGUGAGUGAUUCAAGUCCUGCCUUUCACGUCUACUGAUUAUGUAGCCUUUGGACAAGUAGCCCAACAUUCCAAUGCCCUAGUCAACUCUCUAAGACUGAGUAGCAGAGAGGAGGCCCAAUUGGGUUGGUAGAAGGAGUUUUCUCAAUUGAGAGUGCUCUAUGUUGAUGAAAUCCCAAGUCCAGUCUCUAGGCUUCUCUUCGGUUGUGUUUUCUAUUGUACUGCCUGUUCGGAAAGUCCACGCUGCCCAUUUUCUUCCUUAGAAAUGUCACCUUCUGCUAGAAACUCCUUUUCCCCAUUCCAUACUGUUUCCAUUAUACAUAGAUCAACAUUGUUUCGGGAGAUACAAUUUGGCCACUGUCCAUUUGAACUAGUGCAGCUGUUGACAUAAUAACAUAUCAUGAGGCAGAAACUUGAUAGCAUUUUAUUUAUAUCAUAACACAAAUAUUUAAGCAUUACAAUCCCUUUUUUCUUACUUAACAUACCGUGACAGAUACUUCUGCUAAUGGCUUAAGUCAGAGGCCCCAAGAAGACAAAAUAGAGAAGGAUUUAUAACCAGAAGGGUCUAUUUCCCCUCAUAUGGGGCUUUAAAAAAAGUGUGUGUGUGUGUGUGUGUGUGUGUGUGAUUAGUGGUCUCAUGAAGCCUGUGGAUUCUUUCUCAGAAUAACAUUUUUAAAUGCAUAAAAUAAAAUACAUGGAAUUACAGAUAAAACCAAUUAUUUUUAAGUUAUAAAAAUAUUUUUUUUAAUUCAUGGAUCAUAGGCUUAGUAUCCUUUGUCCUAAAUAUACUUAUUUAAGAAGCUUUUUUCCCUAGAAAUCAUAGGACUUAGAGCUGAAAGAGAACUGGGAAGCCACUGCAUCCAACUCCCUAACUUUACAAAUGAGAAGAAUAAAGCCAAGGAUGAGGGAGUGACUUUGACAUGGUCAUUUAAUUAGUAUGUAGCAGAGCCAGGUUUUUGACCAAGAUUCUCUGACGAUCCACCUCUCUUUCAAUCUCUAUGACCCUCACUUUUGGUUGGAUUUUUUUUUUUUGCAUUUCACAGAUAAACUAAGGGGGGCGGGGAAUAUCAUCCAAUGGCCUCAAGUUUGGCCACACAAACUAUCUUUUCAACAAUGUCCUUCAUUCCUAGAAGGCAACGUGUCAUAGGAGACACUGGGUAGAGCUGGGUUCCGAUCCCACUCCUGAUUUUUACAAGGUAUAUGACAUCAGGACAAGUCAAAUUCUGCUUCUCUGUAUUUCUGUUACAUCAUCUGUAAAAGAAGGGAAGUUGAUCUAGACAUCCUCUAAAGUCCCUUCUGCCUCUAACCAAUGAAUCAUGGGUUCAGAGAAUGUGCCAUUAUGGCCUGGGGUUUGGGUGCAUCUUCCGCCUCUCACCGGUUCUUACAUCACUCCUGUUGUAGCAACACGACCCACUCUGAAUGCCCCAAACAAACCAUUUUCUCAAAACAGUGCUAAUUGCCGAUUGGGUUUGGGAAUAGAGGAGCCUUUUGCAAGAAGGUUUGAGGACUCUUAUGAAACUGUGAGCAAGACUUACACAACGAGACUGGUUGUUUGUGAGCACCUCUCUCCCUCUCCUUUAUGAUUGUUGAUUCACAGGUAAAUACAUCCUCGUUUAUGUGGAUACCCUUUUAAGAGCCAGUCUUAGUACACGGGAGCCUAGGACUUAGUCUUUUUAUUUAAGGGAGUGUGUGAUGAGUAGUCGAUAAUUUACAAAUACUAGAGUUCCAUAAUUUUAUUGUUAAUAAAUCUGUUCAUGUGUGAGUUUGAUAAUUUACAAAAACUAAAGUUCCAUGGACUAUAUUCCAGAUGUCCCAAACACAUGAACCUCUCUUUUUUUUCUCUUUAGGAAUGAAUGUGGGAAUUAUUUCAUAAAGUGGCAUUACUUUCUAUAACUUUCAAGUACCUUUGGGUGUGUGUGACUUCAAACCUAGUGUAGAGCAACUAGGACUUUGUACAGGGUGUCCUACGCUCUCUGAAGCAGCUACAAUGUGAUUACUUUAUUUUAACUAUCAUCAGACUUCAUUGAAACACUAAAGCAUAGAGGAAUGCAAAAUAUUGGAAAUUUUAUCCAAGAGCCUCCAUGAUUCUAGAAGUUGGCUAAGCCAUUAUGUAGAGCAAGAAGUACCUCAGAAUUUCAGUGUGUGGUACAAAGUCCAUUUGUAUUGGUGGAGAAAAACAGAGACCCUCUGCCCUCUGGUGAGGAGGGUAGUGUGCCUUGAUUGCUAUUGAUUCCUCUGCUAGUUCUACUUGUCCCAUGUUGUGAGGGUCCCCAGGCCCAGCCAUGAGAUCUAUUUGGUCUGCCUUGGUCAAGUCUAGUCCUGCUGGCCCAGCAAUAGGGAAAGGUGGGAUUCAAAAAAAAAAAAAGAGAGAGAGAGAGAGAGUGGUAGUAAUAGGAUCAAGUAAGGAAAUAUAGGAUUAAGCAUACUAGAUAGCACAGGGCAACAGAGGAUGUACAAAUUCAGAGGAUUGCUUUGGAGAAGAAAAAUUCCUACCACCACCAUAUGUUAUCACCCUGAGACAAAGCCCUAGCUGCUAAUUAUAGUUCUGAAUUAUUUCAUGGGAAAGUACAAAUUUAUUUCAUGGAAAUUCUAAGUUAUUUCAUGGGAAAACACAGGAUACAAAACACUUUUGUGUUUUUCCUGAAUUUUUUCCAUUAAAAGUUUUGUAAAUGUUUUAAUCUAUGCUCAAAGUCAUUAAAACUCACCCAUAAACAAAUUUAUUGGCCAUAAGACCAUAAAGAACAUUUUUCAGCCCAUCAAGAUGGAAGGGAUCUUCUUCAAGUGAGAACACCACAAUUACCCUAAAGGCAAUCUUGGAAAAUUGUUGACCAAUCUUUUCAAUGUCUCCCUUUUCCUCCAUUUGUACAAUAUUUCUAAUAGUCAUUGCUCCCCCCUCCAGUAUCCAGUUUUCCCAUUCUUAAGUCCUCCCUCUUCUUGGGUAGGUUCCUUCUUUGUUGCAGUAGUAAAAUUAGCCACUAGAAAAAACAAAAACCAAGAAUGCUGCCAAUUCGGAAGAGUCCAGCUAACUAGUUGCAUGCCAGGUUAACCCUAAGAGCCUGCUUCCAGAAGCACACCUACUCAUUCAGGAAAGACUCCUUCCUUUGCCCAGAGGGAUGCCAGGGCCUAACAACUGUUGCUACAGUUCUUCUCUCUGAUGGGAGAUGGUGACGCUGCAGUCACAUUCCAGGUCCUCUGGGCACUCUGAAUCUUACAUUUCUACACAAGACCAUGGGCUUCGAAAAUGUCUGCUGCCUUCAUUAGAGAAGGACUGAACAGACCAGCUGUUGACAUAAAAUCAUCUCACCUUUGGGAAUUCCACCUUUAUCUUCAUGACUGAGUCCCCGAUCCUUUCCUUCAAGUGUACAAUCAGAAAACCUGCUCCUCCAAAUGUCUAAUAUUUUUUAAAAAACUAUUAUUUUUCUUACAAAUCGAACAAUAGAAUCUAGGAUUUUUUUUUUAAUCACUUUAACGCACUCCCUAACCUCCAGCCUCAUUGGAAGGCAUCGACAUUUUCUCUUGAAAAUAUGGAACAGGAUGUGCAUUGUCUUAAUAGAGACACGUUUAGAUCUUUGUAUAUACAAGGAGUUCUAUCUUUGUGGGUAUUUUUAUAUCAUGCUUUUUCUAUUUGUUUUCUAUAGUCUGGUGGAGUCAAUUUAGAGUAGGUAUUUAAAAUUUGACUUUGCUGUAAGCCCAUUCUAAUCUGACUUUCCAAUAAAGAACAUAUGUACUCAUGGACACCAGUUGGUCCAUGUUCAUCAGUAUUGCAACCCUAAGAUCCAUUGGUUUCAUGGUUCAGUGGAAAGAGUUUUAGACUGGGAUCAGAAGACCUAAAGUCACAAUCUCAAGUCUUACACUGAAUGACCUUGGACUCUUUCUUUCUCUAAGCCUCAGUUUCCUCAUCUGUACAAUGAAAGGGUCAGGAGCUAACCUCCAAAGUCCCUUUUCCUAGAAAUCUAUGAUCCUAGGACCCUCCAGCUUCAUCCAGCUUCCUUUCCUAAAACAUUUUGCAUCUUCUCCUUUCUACUCUACUAUUCAUCAUUAUUAUUUAUAUAAUAUAUUUAUGCUUUUCAGAUAUAUGAUUAAUGUCAAUUUAGCUUUUUAACAAUGAUUUUAUGAGUUUAUACCUAUUUUCUGGAAACCACAAAGAACUACAGUGUAGACAGAGUUAAACUAUUUAGUAUCUGUAAUUUACAGACACAGAUAUUUUCUUAUACUGAUAUUUUCUAUAUGACCAUAGAUGAAAAAGGAAUCUAACAAGUAGAGCACAAUUUUCUUAUGACAUUUUGCAGUAAUUCAAAUCAUUCCUUAGCUUAAAACAAUUGGGGACUGGGGGUUGGGGGGAGGGAACUUUAGAACAAAGUCCUUGCUCAAUGCUGAUCUUCAGUAACAUAUGAGAAAAUAUCAAUUCAAUACCAGUUGAACUUUUCGAUAGACUUGAGUGGUGCUGAUCCUUGGGUUCUUGUUCUCACCGCUAUGACCCUACUAAAAAAUCCUCCAAACCAGGGUCAUAUUAGUGAGAUUGUUUGCAAUAAGAGUUCCAUACCAGGGCUCCCUUUUUCUCUCACUCCUUCAUCUCCUCAUCUUUAAUUAUUUACAAAAGAAAUGGCAGUCCUUGGCUUGGGAGAAGUUUCACCUGGGAACUGAAGGAUGGGAGAUGCUGAGUAGAAUCAGGGAAAAUUUUGUAAUUCAUUUCUGAUAAACAGAUCAAUAUCAUUUUCACUUCCUAUUAUUAUGUGAACCAAGCACAUUUGUCUAGAGAAUGAGGAUUUGCUUUCAUUGAGCACAACUGUAAAAAUGAACAAAAAAACCCACAAAAAUAAAAUAACACACCAACAAAUUCUCUCAUUUGAGGGAAUGGUAGGUUAGGUAAGGAGAAUCCUUUGGGAUGCUGUAGAAGCUACUCAGGACAGAAUGUGAGCCCAUGUAAAUAACCAUAUUUUGCUCCUAAUAAUAACAUACUAAGAGCAGCUUACUCAGAAAUAAAAGAGGGAUGGAAGUAUUCCAAAUAUUCAGUUUCUGACAUUGGUUCCAGGUCCACUGUUUUCAACCAGGGCUUCUCUGAACAAAAUAAGUCACCUAUUGGGUGAUGAUUGGAAUCCAUGUACAUUUUUCCACUCUCUUCUUUUCUCAGCCAACCAACCUAAUGUUCUCUCCUUUGGCAUAGGAUAUAGGAUAUAUUGGUUGGCUUUCCAAGUUCUGAUAGCAACAGCAGUUUUGUUUUUGUUUAGUUUGUUUUUAAUUUUUUUAGCUGUGCCCACAUCUUGACACUUUGUUCAUGAAUGAAGGACAGUGCCUCCUUGUACUUUGUGUAGACAUGAUGUAGGUAUCUGUGUGUAAUUUCAGUGAAAUGUUGUAGAGCUGUAUUUUAAUUAGUUUGAUUUGAUUUGAUUUGGGGGGUGGGGGGAAGGGAAUCUGUGCAUUGAAACGGAGUAGAAAUGUUGACCUGUAGCUUGAGGCUCUUUUUCUCCUUUCCUACCCAAAAGUGAACUACUGCCUUUCUCCCUCCCAUUUGGUAAUGAGAUUUCUCUAUGUUUGUAAGUAAAGAAAAUGCCAAUGGAAACUUCUUACUCUUCAUGUUAAUGUUGAAAAUCCUAUACCACGUCAAUUCCUUUGUAUAUAGGGAAUCCUUACAUUGCUGCUCUCUGAUCAAAAGUUGCAUGUGUGUUGGGGGGGUAUUGAUGGAUGUAGAUGUGCAAAUGUGAACUUUCCUUCAUCUUAGUGAAAAUCCUCCCAAUCUUUAUCCGCCACAUUGAGAACACUGGGGUAGAGCGUUCAUGAUGAUCAAUUUAUGCCGAUGUGCGCAGAUAGAGAACAAAAGCACUUAUCACUCUACCAUUCUGACAUAUUGGAUGCAUAGGAAAAUGAGCUUAAAAGAAAGUUCCAGUAUAAAUAGUCCUAGUUGCCAUAAGGAAGAAUCAGCCUUGUGUCUCCAGGCACUGGAAUGUGAAAUGGUGGUUUUUCAAUGAUUGAUUUAAAGAUUGGCUUUAUUUUCAUUUUAGUGAUGCUUUCACUACUUUGGCAGCAGAUAAACUAGUUAGCAAGAAUAAAAUUAGAAAGCUACCCUGUGGCCCACUUCCUCCUACUGCCUCCCCUGCAUAUCAGGUAGGGUCCUCACUCUAACCAGAACCGUGUCUGCUUGUUAUCUGGUUUCAGAGUCAGGAAAGAUGUUGUCUCAGAAUACAGACAAAAUCUUCCAUCUAGUCCAAUCCUCCCCAAAGCACAAAUCCUCCUCCUUCCCCUUGAUAACCCAAGCUGCACUCUUAAACCUUCUGGGGAGGCUACAUUGCACAAACUGUCUGGGAAUAAGACUACAAUAAAAAAAAAAGCACAAAUAAUAACUGUGACUAUAUCACUGAGAGAGGAAAUAGGGUAAUGCACAAAACCCAAAUAUAUGACAAGAGUGUGACCAAAAUGGUGUAUUUGUUUGGCUGGUAGAAGUGAUUCAGAUGAUAUUUAUACAUGUGUUAUGUUCACAGGAAAAUAGAUUGUGAGAUAGAUGCAAUCUCUGUAUCUAUGAGAAUGGUCUGGAAUACCCACAUUCAGAUUGGCAAAAUGCCGAACUAUGUGUUCCACAUAAGGAAUGCUCUCUUUACUCCAAUAAAGAAAAAGUCAAGAGAUUCCCUAGUGAGAGAUGAAAUUCACCUGGGAGUAAAGGAGUUUUGACUCUAGAAAUGGGAUAUAUGGAGGCUAUAAGGUGAUUACAGGGAACAGAUGUUUCUAUUCCAAGCAUCUGUUUAUACAAAUAGCAUCCAGUCCUUUUUUCCAACUCUUGCUAAAGUCAGGUGGGAAAGAAAGAAAGGAAGGAAGAAAGGAAGGAAGGAAGGAAGGAGGAGGAA